AGUUAAAAUGUAUUGACAUGAAUGUAUACUAGUGUGUGUAUCUAAAAAGUAUACGUGGACAUCUUUAAAGUGAACAUAUGACAAUAUAACCUUAUUUGUUACAAAACAGAUUUUUCAUGAUGCCCAGACACUGCUUUGUUUUAGGUUAUAAGUCACGGGACACAAAAUAUAUUCGGAAAUCUGGAAUCACUUUCCACAGGUUCCCAAAGAAGGGAAACCCUCACAGAACAACCUGGAUUAUCAACUCCCAUCGCAAAGGCCCCGUGGGAAAAGGCCAGUGAGAACCUCAGAGUGGCUUCAUCUAUUUCUGCUCUAAACACUUCACCCUGAGCACUUUGAACACUCAGGAGUCACGGGGAGCAGCGUAUCCAGAGUGUGGACGGAUGGUUGGAUGGCGCCUCAAGUAUUUCUCCUCACAACAGUAGCAAAAUUAUCCAAUGUGGUCGCUCUUUAUUAAUACAUAUAGUAUGUGUCAAUCAGGACAAAUAAAUGGAAAUAAGAGUUUGUGCAAGGUGCUCAAAAAAAAAAUAAAAAAAAUAUUAGGAAUUAAAGUUGGAUCUAGUGUCUUGCAUUUCUGAGUGUUUUAGAAAGUUGUCUUUUCAUGCAAAUCUUGACCAAAAAUGGAAUCGCUUCUUGCAUCUAAAGGUUAAUUUGAAAAGCAGGGAGCACUCCUCAAGGCAAAUGGAGAAUUACGUUCUAGUAUUGUCAUGAAAAAUCAUAGGCAGAUGGAGAAGAUCUGUAUGGGCCCGUGUUGUAUUGCUAAUGUAAAGUAGUUGUAAUUAGUUGCUAAAGACAACUUCUCAUUUAGAAUCAUUUGCAAUUCAUCGCCGUACUGUACUACGUCGAAUUGGUGUCAUGUCUUGGCAAGAGCCCUAAUAAAACAGAAUAGAGUUAGCUACUCAUAUGUGUUUAACCCAAAGCAAGAUGCCCACAUGCCUUUUAAUAAAAUAGAAUUAGAACUACACUCUAUUGAUUUACUAAACUAUUGAUAAAUUCAUGCUUUAGCGUCUAAGGAAACUUGCUAACUCAUCCAAGACUCACAUUUGACCAAAAAAAUAAAAAAAGAUUUAUUUUGUACAACAUUUAACAAAAUAAAUAUAUAAAACAACAUUUUUGAAUGUAGCUAUUGUGUAAAUAUACUACAAACAUGAUUGCACAUGGUAUUGUCGUGUGGGUUGAGGAGAUUAAUUGUAGUAGCCUGAAUUAAAGCGCAAAACUGACGCUCUUCAGUCUGAUUGGUCAGAGUCGGAGAAGCCCCGCCCACACACACAGUGAGGCUAUUUAAACACGCUUCCGAGCGCGCAUCUAUAUAUCUAACACCUGCACGCUGUGAGGAGUCUACCAACAGCCUUAACAACUCAUCAAUGGUUGUUCAAGUGAAAACACGCAUUCGCUAUAGCAGCAAAAGCAUGGAGGGCAAUCAGCAGAAAGUGGAGGCCAAUAUUUUGUUACUUGGAGCUGAGAACGUUGGAAAGUCUGCUCUUACUGUGCGCUUCCUGACCAGGCGGUUUAUAGGAGAAUAUGGAGAUAUAGAGUCAAUAUACAGCCAUACUGACAAGAUCGACGGUCGUGAUAUUUGUUUCAACAUUUGGGACUCGCUUUGCCCGCAGAAUGGAGAGGAACCAGGAUGCAUCAGUGAAAGGCAGCUGCAAUGGGCGGACGGCUAUAUCCUUGUUUACAGCAUCUGUGACCGCGCAAGCUUCAGUGUGGUGCGUCAACAAGUCCAGCGCAUACGGCAGGCCAAGCAGAAACCGGCCAGUACAGCUCCGAUUAUCAUCGUGGGGAAUAAAAGAGACCUCCAACACCGGCGCACGGUGUCCAGUGAGGAGGGUCGGCUGCUGGCGCUCUCGGCGGACUGUGGGUUUUUUGAGGUCUCCGCUGCUGAGACUUACCACGGUGUGUUGAUGGUGUUUCACGAACUGUUUGAACUCAUCCGAGAGGCGCGGGCGCUCAAGAAGGGCACCGCGGGGUUCAAAGGUAUCGUGAGGAGCAUGUCGGCGGUUUUUGGAAGGAAGCGGACUGAAUAAGUUCAUAUUCCCCCUCAAAGCGGAGGAAGAUUCAGGGUUAAACCCUUUAAUAAAUCCAUAUUGGAACAAAAGACUUGAUUAGUGACCUCAACUGGAUUUUGCAAGUUGACAAUCUUAGGGGGCUGUUCACACAGGACGCGUUCUUGCAUUCAAUUUGCGAUAUACACAUAUGUCAGACGGAUGUCUUCGCCGUUGUAUGGCGUCUUGCGUCAUGAGCAUCGAAUUUUGAAGAUGCCGUUUUCCGGUUAAUUCUAUUCCAUCUCAAUGUGCUUUCCAAUGUUUUUGAAUGCAUGUGAACAGACAAGUCGGUUCUUGCAUCCUAUCUGCGCUGUUUUUUAAAUUGUUGAUCUAUGUAGCAAACAUAUGUCAGAUAGUGCGUCACAUCUCGUUUUGUUUUUUUUUUUUGUUUUUUUUGUUUGUUUUUUCAGCAUAUCUCACCAUGAGGAUUGCAUUUAUUAGGACUUAUGUCCUGUCCGCCUCAAGACCCCUGCAUUCUUUUCCUUUCAGUUGCGCUCAGUCUAACUGUUUUUCAGGUAUCCUGUAUGAACGGACCUUUAUGCUUGAAUGUUCUAAGAAUGUUCAAAUUAGGUGCGACUGACUAUCACAUAAGGACAAAACUUUGUAUCAGUGCUCACACCCAGUUUUUCAAUAUAUGUUGUAAACUGUAAAUUCAUGUAGGCUAUACUAUUAUUUCACUGUAGCUGAUAAGUGCAAUUGUUGAAUAGAGAAUUCCUUAUAAGCCCCUUUGUCUAUGCAGCCAUUGAGAGAGGUUCUAAAAUGUGUCCUUCAACACUUGAUAAAUGAAUACAGUGACAAUGUAGCUUUUCUUAGUGAAAUUGUUGAGAUGGUUAACACUGUUUUGCGUAAGUGUUGCAUACAGGUCACGUGAAAUGCUCAAAAUUGAAAAUCUUUGUCUACAAUCAUGUAUAUUGAAGUAAUGUGAUUUAUUGUGGUGCAUCUCAAAAUUAGGUCCAUUUUCACCCUGUUUAUCCACAACUUUGCUGAAUAUAAUGUAUUUUAAAAGUCCAUAAUGUGUGUAAUUAGAUGUUCUCUGAUACACCUGUGAUACUUCCUAUUUAUAACUGCCAAAUACAGAUUGUUGGAUAUGUUGUUAUUGCAGAGGCUUAUGAUAAUAUUGUUUUAUAAUAAAACAUGAUUAUUUGA